AUGCUGCUUGGGGGUCAUAGUAAACGUCAUGACCACGCCAUCCUGAUGACCGGCGUCGACAUCUGUUCGAAUAGGAAUGCUCCUUGUGAUACCCUAGUUCCUCGACGCUUUAUUUUUCCCCCUUUUCAUUUUUUGUGUGACAUUUCGGAAGUUCAUUCUUUUUUUCUCUUUCUAAUUACGUCCGUGUCUAUCAUCGCUAUAAUAAUUUAUUAUUACCAUUACGUCCGUGUCUAUCAUCGCUAUAAUAAUUUAUUAUUACCAUUACUGCCCUUCUUGUUUCUUUACUUCUUUUUUGACAUUCUUUUUUGGUCAGUUCAUUCUUCCUUAUUCGUCGCUUUUCCUUUGACAGUCUUGAUUUACGUCAGUUCACUCCCUUUCUUGACUCUUCGCUUCUUUUUUGACAUUUCUUUUACAACUGUUUAUUCUUCCACUUGCUUCCCUUCUCUUUUGACAGUAUAUUUUUACAGUAGUCCACUCUUUCUUUUACUUAUUUUAUUUUUUGGAUAA